CGCGCCAAGGCGCUCCGAAUCCAACAACAACUUUCAGAACUGUACCCGUCUCCUCCAAUCCCAUUACACCAUGGCAGCACGUUCCAGUUGCUGGUUGCGGUUGUGCUGUCGGCCCAAAGUACGGAUGCCAAGGUGAACACGGUGACUCCGGAGCUGUUCGCCCGAGGGCCCGAUGCGAUGGCCAUGGCUGCGCUGAAGGUCUCCGAGAUUGAGCGCAUCAUUCGGGUACUGGGUCUGGCCCCGACGAAGGCCAGGAACGUACAGCGCUUGAGUCAGAUGCUCGUGGAGCUGUACGGCGGUCAAGUACCCGACAGCUUCUCGGCGCUGGAGGAGCUACCAGGGGUCGGCCACAAGACCGCGAGUGUGGUCAUGUGCCAGGCAUUUAGCCACCCGGCCUUCCCUGUCGACACGCACAUUCACCGACUGGCUCAGCGAUGGGGACUGUCCAACGGCAAGAGUGUCGAACAAACGGAGCAAGACCUGAAGACCUUGCUGCCUGAACACACCUGGCGGGACUUGCACCUGCAGAUGAUUUACUUUGGCAGGGAGCACUGUCCGGCACAGAGGCACGACACACGAGCCUGCCCCAUCUGC